AUGUCACAAAUGUCACCUUUGAAACUGGCACUAAUUGACAUUCCUGUUGGAAGCCUCGGUGGAGUGGCCACAGACACAAGGAGGACUCAUCAAGGCUCAUGGCCCUUCUGGAGCAGCAGAGGGUGGCUGAGCCACGUGCAGUUAUCUAAGAACACCAGAAACCUGUGCAGCUUACCCAGAGCAGGACCGGCUGCAAGAAAACACCUCCAGACACCUUCAGAUCCCCCUCAGAAAGGGACCUUCAGGGCAUCUCUGUGUUACCCAGCAGAUCAUUGCAAGUACCCGUGUGGGCAGGGAGAGGUGGAGCCCACCCGUGGAGCAGGGGUAAAACUCACAGGUUCCCCCUGGGCUGGGAAGAGAGCCCAUGCGUUCCUGCUGCACAGGAACUUUGCACACACGGAGCGUCACAGAAAGAGCCGAUGGGCAUCUCCCUUUGCCGAGACUCAGCUCAUUGGAAAGUCUCACGGUCUUUCAUGGUCCAGCAUAAACUCAGGUAAUGCUGGAUGGCAAAAACUGUCCUGGCUUUUUCAAACCUGCUUGAGAUCCGCGUGCACAAAGUCAGCAGCGGGUCGAAGGAAACAAGAACGAGGUCUCUUAAGUCCUGGUCUGUCAGCUGCUCCCUGGAAAGCACUGGUUUGGGACUCGUUCUUUGGAGAUGUGAGGCCUGCCACAAAUUGCACGUACAUGGAUUGUGGUGUAGYGUGGAAGACCUCGCUGUUCUCGGCCAGCUCGCAGGGCUCCUUCAGAGCCAUCCAAGUAUCCCCACACGCACCCCCAGAUUGCAGCCUGAGCAGCCAGACACACUGCGCUCUGGAUCCUUAACGUCAGUAGGUCCUAGUUCCAUCUGCUGUUAGGAGAGCACAUUUAAGGACCUCCUCCGAGAGCAAGGGGUAGUCACUGAGGGGUAACGUGGCCAAAAAAAAGAGUUUUGUAAAGCUUGUGUGAUGUUUGGAUGGGAGCAUCGCUUGUGAUGCUUCACGUCAGCCUUUGUUGUUGGAGAGAAGAUGAGUCUGGAGGACUUGGGGCCCGUGCACAAGCACAGCGUUCUCUUCCCGUCUUGUUGUUGCUUGCAAAGCUGGUAGAUAAAGGAGGGGAAAAAAAAAAAAAAAAA